AUGAGCGCACGUAACUAUCUUAGGUUGCGACUUCCCACACAAGACCUCCCAGAAGAACAUUUCGAUAACCUCGAAGCCGCAAGACUAUCGCAACAAUCAAGUGGGCCGAAUGUGACCACUCCGCCAAGUUCGUUGGCACUUAAUAUAAAUCUCGAGAUCUUUUCGCUUAGUGGUAACCUGACGCUUGUGGAUCCAAAUGUUAUGAAUUUGAGCCAGACAUACAUUACCACAGAAGAAGAUGAAGCUCCGAUUCUUUCCCUUGGCGAACUUCAUGACAAUCCUCGGUUACAUGGAGCAACACGACGCACACUUCUUCGGUAUCCAGAUGGAAGGGAGAAAUUCAUAUCAGCCCAAGUCAUGACCAGCUACCAAGAACGAAUCAGAUCUAUCGGUAAAUUGCUUAUACCAGUCGCCGCCGAAACACUGGAUGGGGAUGCGUGCGUCAUUUGUAGAGAUCCAUAUGCUGCGACCACCACUCCCAGCAAUGUUAUUCACGAAGCAUCGAAGAUGCCGAAGUGUGGACAUAUUUUCGGUCGAGAUUGUAUCACUUGUUGGUUAAAGGACAAUGACACUUGCCCAAUGUGUCGUGAUGAAGUGGUGCUUCCCGUUGGAUAUAAGUUACAGGUCUGGGUAGAUUAG